AUGCGCGGCCCUCUCGGCAGGGGAGCUGGCGGAGGCGUCGCUUCCGACGACCGCACAAGAGGCAUGUCGGAUUUGGGCAAAUCCUUUCAGCCUGAUGGACCUCCGACCCCUCCCGACACUCCGCACAGAAACUUUAUUCGCGGAGGCGUCUUCGACCCCAGCUCUGGCCACACGAGCGUCAUCCGCGAACCGCGAAAGCCUGGAGGAAGCCUGUGGCUGCCGCCACCUGCGAGCGCCGCGAAUGCAGACUCCGUCGCCGCAGCCGCUGCAGCCGCAGCCGCCGCAGCGGAGCCGGGCGCGUCGCCGUCGACCGCGAAGAAGUCGACGAAGGGAAGUCACAAGAAAGAAAUCGACUCCUUCUUGGAAGAGAUCAAGAAAAAGCAGGAACUGAUCGACAAGAAGAAACAGCUAUACAAACAGCUUUCCGAGACAAGAACAGAAGACGAGCGCAUGGUAUUGCGUGCUCAGCUCACCGCCAUCGAGAAUGCAACGCGCCUCCCCGGCGCACCGCCUGUUGAUCUGGAGAAGGAAUCCUCGACCAAUCUUUAUCUCGGCAACCUUUCUCCGGAAAUUACCGAGGAGUUCUUGUGCCAGCAGUUCGGCAAGUAUGGCAACAUUACUUCCGUGAAGAUCAUGUAUCCGAGGACAGAAGAGGAGAAGAAGAGAAAUCGAAAUUGCGGAUUUGUCUCCUUUGAAAGCAGACCGCAAGCUGAGGCUGCGAAGCACAACUUGGACGGGGUCUCCUUCUACGGAAUGGUCAUUCGAAUCGGAUGGGGCAAAUCCGUGGGCAGGCCGGUGGUAGCUCCGUCGCCAUCUCAGCUUCUUGCAGCCGGCGGAGAGGCCAUGAAGGGAUCGACACCCAUGUCUGGCGGGCAGAUGGGGUGCUUCUUCACACCGGGGAGCGGCUCAGGCGGAAUGCCUGGCUACGGUUCUCCGUCGCCUGGAAGUCAGAACUCGCCUCCGAGAUUCAGAGACAGAAGAGAUGACGUCGGCAUCGUGGAAGUCGUUGUACCGAAAGACAAACGCAAGCGCGUCCUCAUCGACCUUCUUGCCAAAUACGUCGCGGAAGAGGGACAUCCCUUCGAGCAACAAAUCAUGGAGAAGUCGCCUCGUGGCUCGGAAGACGGGAAAUUCGACUUUCUUUACGACCAUGACUCUCCGGAUAACAUCUACUACAGAUGGAGAGUCUUCGCCUUCUCCCAGGGAGACACGCUGCGCUCUUGGCGAACGGAGCCUUUCCACAUUUUUCUGGGCGGACGAAAGUGGAAGCCUCCUUCCGAAAAAUUCUUCCAGGAAAGGAGUCGACACAAAGUGGAGAGGAAAGACGACUCCCACAGCGCAGCCAAAGGAGGAGAGCACCUGGGCUCUGAAGAUCGAGACACUCUCGAAGAGCACUUGCGAGACAUCACUCGACAGAGAGAGUCGGUGAAAAACGCCAUGGUUUUCUGCAUGAGUCACGCGAACUGUUCGGCGGAGAUUGCGCUCUGUCUGUACGAAGCUCUGACGCUGGCGGAAACGAAUCUCGACUCCAAACUUGCUCGUCUCUAUCUCCUCUCGGACAUCCUUUUCAACUCUUCUGCGCCGACGCCUUCGGCCUGGUCGUAUCGCGCCAGCCUCGAAAAGUACCUGCCAAGAAUCUUUCUUCACUGGACGCAAAUGUUUUGCGGCAACUCGACAGAGAGAGAAUCCGAACAGAAAGACGCGGCGAACGGGGAGGCCGAGGAAGAGAUACGCCGCAGAGAACGGAAACAAAAAUAUCAAAUUCGGCGUCUCCUCAAGCGUCUCCUGCGGAUCUGGACGGGAUGGGCCGUCUAUUCACCCGCGUUUCUCCAAGGCUUGGAGGCCUCGCUCUUCUCGGCGGACUUCCCUGCGCAGCUCGCAGAGGCGCCGGAGGAGGCGGGACCCCCCGCAGAAGCUGCUGAGCUUGUCGACGACGAUGUGGAUGGACAACCGAUCGCCGCUGCAGAAGCUUGCCUUUUGGCGAAGUAUCCUCUCCAACUUAGGGAGCAGAUUCAUCAAUGGUGCCGCCUCGACCGAUCCGAGUUAGAGAAACUUUGUCUGCAGCGGGGUGUCGCAGCUCGCGGAGGCGGCGGCUCUGCAGGCUGCGCGAUCGACCGCCUCGCAUGCAGCGAAUAUUACUUGCAGCUGAAGACCGAGGCCGAAGACGCGCCGCUGCAGCUGUCGUCGAUGGGGCAGGCGGCUGCGUUGCGAGCCGCGGCGGGAGACGCGGACGCGCUGAGCACCUUCUGGUCGUCGUCGCUCGCGCCUCUGGGCUCGAAGGCGUUUGCGGAGGGAGGCGGAGGAGAGGCGGGGCAAGACGCGCUCGCCGAAGGUCCGAGCGGCGAGCGCGGCGUAGCGGAAGAGACGCCGGGGACGCUCGACCGCCGCGACAGCGAUCGCGGCGACUCGGAGAAGGAGGAGGUGAAGAGCGACUCCUCGGAUGACAUCUUCGACCUCCCCGAGGAAGAAGAGAAGAGCUUCGAGGACGAGAGAGACAAGGAGACAGAGAAGGAAAGUGAAAAAGAGGAGAAACGGGCGGCGAUGGACCGGAUGAAGAUGCGCCAAGUCGAACUGCAAGUCACGCAGCUCCAAGUGGAACUCGAGAAGAAAGACUCUACAAGAGGAAACGGAAGAGCGAGAAGCGGGAGACUCCGAAAUCUGCCGCCCAUAGUCCCGUUUCUCUCUGCGCCUCAACUCAGUGUUGAGAUGGUCGAAGGAUGGGGAACAAAGGAGGCAUUCGGCAGUGUGCAGGGGAUGUCGAUCUGUGACAAGAAAGUGGAUGUUGAGUGA